UCUCCCUGCAUCCGUGCAGUCUGCGCUCUAUCGAUUCGAUCUACAGCAGCGGACCUGCGCGCGACGCCAUUGGUAUCGAGAGUCACCACUCGAUCGCCGCUAGCUAGACCCUUCCCGGCCAUGGAACCACUGCUCUGCGCAGCGGUGUGGGCUGUGACCUUGGCCGUGGCCAUGGCUUGGGCAUACAGGUGGUGGAGCCACCCGAAAGCUAACGGCCAACUGCCACCGGGCUCCCUCGGCUUCCCUCUCCUCGGCGAGACCUUGCAGUUCUUCGCGCCGAAUCCUACCUGCGACGUCUCCCCGUUCGUCAAGGAUAGAUUGGACAGGUACGGCAACAUCUUCAAGACGAGCAUCGUGGGGCGGUCGGUGGUGGUGUCGGCGGACCUCCUCAACUACUACGUGUUCCAGCAGGAGGGGAAGCUGUUCGAGAGCUGGUACCCGGACACCUUCACCGAGAUCUUCGGCCGCGACAACGUCGGCUCCCUCCACGGCUUCUUGUACAAGUACCUCAAGACCCUCGUGCUCCGCCUCUACGGCCAGGAAAACCUCAGGGCCGUGCUCCUCGCCGAGACCCACCGCGCCUGCCGCGCCAGCCUCGCCUCGUGGGCGACCCGGCCCAGCGUCGAGCUCAAGGACGCCAUCUCCACCAUGAUUUUCGAUCUUACCGCGAAGAAGCUGAUCAGCUACGAGCCGUCCAAGUCGUCGGAGGAUCUGAGGAAGAACUUCGUGGCCUUCAUUCGCGGCCUCAUAUCGUUCCCGGUGGACAUUCCCGGCACAGCCUACCAUGAGUGCAUGCAGGGGAGGAAGAAGGCGAUGAAGGUGCUGAGGACGAUGAUGCGGGAACGGAUGCCCCAUCCGGGGAGGCAGAACGAGGACUUCUUCGACGUCCUGAUCGAGGAGCUGAGGAGGGAGAAGCCCGUCAUGACGGAAGCCAUCGCGCUCGACCUCAUGUUCGUGCUCCUCUUCGCCAGCUUCGAGACGACGGCGCUGGCGCUCACGCUGGGCAUCAAGCUCCUGGCCCAAAACCCCAGGGUGCUCCGGGCGCUGACGGAGGAGCAUGAGGCGAUUGUCAGCAGCAGGAAGGACAGGGAUGCCGGGCUCACGUGGGCCGAGUACAAGUCCAUGACCUUCACAUCUCAGGUUACGCUCGAGAUUGUACGGUUGGCAAACAUCGUGCCAGGUAUUUUUCGGAAGGCCUUGCAAGACAUUGAGUUCAAAGGUUACACCAUUCCGGCAGGCUGGGGAGUGAUGGUGUGUCCUCCAGCAGUGCACUUAAACCCCGAAAUCUAUGAAGAUCCAUUAGCGUUUAAUCCGUGGAGAUGGCAGGACAAGGUGGAAAUCACCGGUGGGACGAAGCAUUUCAUGGCCUUCGGUGGGGGGCUCCGGUUCUGUGUUGGCACAGAUCUCAGCAAGGUCUUGAUGGCAACCUUCAUCCACUGCCUGGUUACAAAGUACAGUUGGAGGACAAUCAGAGGAGGGAACAUAGUCCGUACCCCAGGGCUCAGCUUCCCUGACGGCUUUCACGUCCAGCUCUUUCCGAAAAACUGACACCCUUCUUCUGUCCCGAUUCUUGAAUACCAGUGUGUUCUCUGUAAGGUCAAUGUGGUUGCUUGCAGGCAAACAUAUACAGGAAAUAAGUAGAAAAAUAUAGCAUGUAUAUCUAGGUGAUGAAGCAAUCGUAUACAUAUUUGAGGUCAUUGUAGGGCACCUCUUUGUUCAAUUGUUAGUGCAGUAUAGUCUUGUGACCAAAGUGUAUAUUUAGGUCCCUGAUCCAAACAUAUAUAGGGGUGUUUUACUUUGGGAUCUCGCCUUUUGUUUCCCGUGUGGUUAGUGGUCUCUUACGGUCUACCUAUAUGGUGUGUCAUACUGUCAUGUAGUUUAAACGUCAUACACGAGCGCUUAGCGCCUGCCUAUAUAUGUAGUGGCCACGAUGUUUUGGCAUGCAUGGGUGCAUUGUUUCAGCAGUGUUUCUGAAC